ACCCCCUAGCUCCUCAUCCAUCUCUCAACUCAACUCAACCUCAAAUUAAAAUGGCCAUUAGAAAAUCAAACAAGCUUCCCCAACACGCAGUUUUGAAGCAAAUCUUAAAGAGGUGUUCAAGCCUAGGAAAGAAAAACGGGUACGAUGAUGAUGGGCACCCAGUUGAUGUCCCAAAAGGGCACUUUGCUGUUUAUGUUGGCGAAAACCGAACUAGGUAUAUUGUGCCAAUCUCCUUCUUGGCUCACCCUCAGUUCCAAUCACUCCUUCGACAAGCCGAAGAAGAAUUUGGAUACGAUCACGAAAUGGGCCUCACAAUUCCUUGUGAUGAAGAUGUCUUCAGGUCUCUAACAUCCUCGUUAAGAUGAACAAAAAACAUCAACAACAACAAGGGACGAGGUUUAUUUAUUUAUAUAUGAUGGACGGUUCUGACUGAAGAGGAUGGCCAAGAUGAAGCACACCACUUUUUGCUUCUUUUUUCUCCCUUCGUCAUUGCCAUUUUCAUUGGCCUUCGUCCUCUCAUUAAUAUUCUUGAUCUUCAUUAGCUAUUUUUAAGAUCCAUCUCAUUCUUUUUUUUCUUUUUUUUUUUGUGGGUUUGUUGGAACAACCUGUUGUGAUGUCAAUUAUGUGACUCUAACCUUGUUUCCAUGAAGAUUGAUUUCAUGGUAGAAAAUUGUACAAAGGUUUGAAGUUUUCCUCGCAGAGGUUUCUAAAUAAUUAAUAUACCCUGGGAGAGAAGUUCUAUAUAUGUCCAUGAAAGCAAGUUCCUUUAUGUUCUA